GUCCCUUUGUAUGAUUUGACAAAGACGCAGGAGAUAGUGUCCUUAAGAAAUGGUUGUGUAAUUAAGUCACUAUCUUUCUCAGAGUCAAAUGACAGUGACAUCUUAAAACACAAUCGCACCAAACAAUCCUUCCUUUUCGUUCCCAACAAUGCAAAUGCCAAUGCCAAUGCCAUUCCAAUCAGAAUGAGAGAGUUAGGGUUUCAGGAACGACGCUCGUGGAGGCGCUCCGGUUCGCGAAUAGGCGGCGACACCAGCCCCGACUCCGUCAUCUUCACUCUCGAAUCCAACCUCAGCCUCUUCUCCUCCGCCUCCGCCAGUGUCGAUCGAUGUUCCUUCGCCUCCGACGCGCACGACCAUGACUCCUUAGCCUCCGAAAUCUCCCUGCACUUGGCGGCGCAGGAGCACGACAGAGAUUUUUCUCAUAGCGAAAGCUGGAGCGGUCCAGAUCCGGAUCUGGAUCAGAAUAACCGACAGCAUCAACGACGGUGCGAUGCAGAUUUGGAUGCAUUACACAGAAAGCGUCACCAAAAUCCUUUCUAUGGAAAAGGAGAGAAAGCAAAAGUCCAAAAGGAAGAAGAUAGUGACGGUGGUGACACUGAGGACGGAAAUCAGCCCUUGGAAUUUGAUUCUGCCAGGAACUCUUUUUCUCUGGCUCUCAAAGAGUGUCAGGAUAGGAGAUCAAGAUCUGAGGCGUUAUUGAAGAAGCACGAUCGGCGAAGGCCUGCUUCGUUAGAUCUGAACAAUGCCGUUGGAAAUGGCAAUGUUUCUUCACCUCGUUUGGGAUUAGGGGCCAUGAAGAAGAGCACUGUUUGUUCUCGAAGGUCUGGCUCUGGCUCUGCCAAUUUUCCGAGUCCUGGAACGCCUAAUUAUCUUCACGCAGGUGCUGCUAUGCAAAAGGGUUGGUGUUCGGAGCGAGUUCCUUUGCAUACGAGUGCUGCCCGCAAGCAGGUUGGUUCUGCUCUGUUGCCUUUCAACAACGGGCGGACUUUGCCGUCCAAAUGGGAUGACGCUGAAAGGUGGAUUCUGAGCCCCGUUUCUGGCGACAGCACUGGGAGGGCCUCGCUUCCAGCGCCUCAGAGAAGGCCCAAGUCCAAGAGUGGGCCACUUGGCCCCCCUGGCGCUGCUGCAGUUGCUUACUAUUCCUUGUAUUCCCCUGCGGCGCCUUUAUUUGACGGUGGGAAUUCAGGGAGUUUCAUGGCGGCUUCUCCAUUUUCUGCUGCUGUUAGUGUCUCAGCUGCUGCUGAUGGGUUGAUGGCCAGUUCCGGUGGGAGUUGUGGGGAGGUCCCCACCAGGACUGAUCCUUGCAUGGCACGCUCAGUUAGUGUCCAUGGUUGCUCUCAGAUGCAGAGUCAGUCAUCAUUGCCUGCCCAAGGGGAGAAGUUUGAUGGUUUCAAAGAUGCAGGCACCAAUAUAUCACCUGCUAUUUCUAGGAGGGACAUGGCAACCCAGAUGAGCCCGGAGGAUAGCUCAUGCUCCCCUCCAAAUUUGAGGCCUUCUUUCUCUGCCUCUACUCCACCUUCCCUUCCUCUAUCAGAGUUCAAGAGUUUGCCUUUCUCUAAAAUGGAUGUCAGAGAUGUACCAGUAGAUGAACGUGUAACCAUGACAAGGUGGUCCAAGAAACACAGGGCCCUAUUCUCUGGCAGAGGCUCAGAAAAUGAUGACAGCUGGAAAAUUAGAGAAACAAGCAGUCGAUCUUCAUCUUGGGACAUUACUGAAGGUUCAAAGACUGUGACAAAGGCCAAAAGGGAGGAAGCCAAAAUCAAUGCAUGGGAGAACUUGCAAAAGGCAAAAGCUGAGGCUGCUAUACGGAAACUAGAGAUGAAGUUGGAGAAGAAGCGAGCAUCAUCAAUGGAUAAGAUUAUGAACAAGCUGAGAUUGGCUCAGAAAAAAGCCCAAGAAAUGAGAAGUUCAGUUUCCACCAACCAGGAUCAUCAAGUUGCUAGAACUCCUCACAAGGCUAUAUUAUUUAGUAGAGCCACUCAGAUGGGCUCUUUGAGUGGUUGUUUCACAUGUCAUGCCUUUUAAGCUUCGUCCGCAUUCUUUUUCUGUUCAAAUGAAGCUUGGGUUUCAGAGUUUAGAAAGAUUUAUAUGUAACUUCUCUUAAACUAGUGAAAGGUGGAAGAAAGAGAAGCAGCAUUCUGACACUUUCUGUCGUUGCGGUUUUGGAACGAACGAAAUAGCAACACCGUCUAAAGAUAUCCGAUUAAAUCAAAAUCUCCAUGUACCCUCCUCACCCUUCGGAAUUUGAAUUCAAUUAUAAAUAAUCUAUGUAUGUACCUAGGCCAAACUUUAGAAUAAAAUUCUUUUGCAUUAUUUUUUUCUCUCCUUGACAGUUUGCUGUUCAAAUGUAAUCUCUUAUCUAUCUGCAGAUAGUUGAACGAUAAAUUAACCUUAAAUCUGUAAUCUAGUUUUUAGUUUUUUCCUUCA